GCUUUGCUGACAAAGAAAGACCUAAUGCUGUUUUCUGAUGAGCGCUAUGAAAAAGGGGCUUGUGCUAUGCCACACUCUUCAGUAGGCCUUGUAAAAAAUCUGGACAAAUUCGAUGCUCAGUUUUUUCAUUUGACUAAUUCAACAGCCGAUUAUGUGGAACCUCAGCAAAGGAAAGUUUUAGAAGUUACUUACGAAGCUAUUUUUGACUCAGAGGAGCCAAUAUCGGUGUUUACAAUGCGACGACCUGUGAUGAUGCAAAAAGAAAUCAUGAAGGAUGAAAGGGUUCUAAAAAAACAUAUAUGUAUAAGUAUAGGACGAUACAUGAAUGCGAACAGAAUUUCAUUCGCCUUUGACUUUCAUGGGCCAAGUUUUUCGAUAGAUGCCGCUUGUGCUUCCUCUGCACUUGCCCUCUGGAAUGCAUUCCAUGACAUUCGGAAUGGUCGUAUUGAUGCUGCUAUCGUGAAUGGAUGCCAGUUAUGUUUAUCGCCUAUUAUGUCCAUUGGGUAUAUGAAGAGUGGAAUGUGCUCUGAAAAUGCUAAAUGUAUACCUUUUGAUGCAAAAGCUGAAGGCAUUGUCCGUUGCGAAAGCAUCUGUGCAUUGUUCUUGCAGAAAGCAUCAGUUGCUCGAAGGGUGUACGCCACAGUGUCAUAUGUAUCAACUAGAACAACAGGAGCUGUUGCUGAAGGUAUUUCCGUGCCUUCCUAUAAAGAGGAGGUACAACUUUUUCAAGAUUGUUUGAAAGGUGCUGGAAUUACUCCUCAGGAUGUAGAUUUCGUAGAAGCUCACGGAACUGGAACAGUAGUCGGUGAUCCCAUCGAAUUGAAUGCGAUUUCAUCAGUUUAUUGCGAAGGAAGACAAAAGCCUCUUCUCAUUGGAACUAUAAAGGGGAACGUUGGUCAUACAGAGGCUUCUUCAGGUAUUUGUGGCAUCUUGAAAGGUAUCAUAAGUUUUGAAACUGGUUUGAUUCCUCCAAAUUAUGAAUAUAAUACUCCCAACCCGCACUGUCCAGCUUUAGUUGACGGUCGAAUUGUAGUUGUGACUGAACCAGUUCCCCUUACGAAACCAUAUAUUCCCGUCAACUGCUUUGGCUUCGGUGGAUCUAUAGUACAAACUAUACUGAAGCAGAACCCCAUCGAAUCCACUAGAAGACCAGAAAAGCGAGUUUUGCCCAGCCUAGUGCUCUAUCCAGCAACCACAGAGGAAGGAGUGCUUUUCAUGUUCAAUUACAUAAAAGAAAAUCCAAAUCUCAAUGCUGAAUUUUUUGCUUUACUGAAUAAACUGUCUUUCACACCAACUUUAGUGAAACCUUUCCGUGGAUAUGCACUUUACGAAAAUGAAAAGGAACCAAUUAUACAAGUAAAAAAUGCAUUGAGCGAAAAGAGACAAGUAUGGUUUGUGUUGACUGGUAUGGGAUGCCAAUGGCCAGGCAUGGGUCUCCAGCUAAUGGGAAUCAGUGCCUUUGCUGAAUCGAUGAAGAAAUCGGCUGCUGCUGUACUGAAACCUUAUGGUGUCGAUGUUUUCGAAUUCCUAAGGCCAGAUAAAAAUGAUUUGCUAGUUGAAAGAUCUAUUACACCAGCUUUCGUUUCGAUAGUUGCCAUUCAGAUCGCCCUUAUCGAUGUGCUCAAAUCUCUUGAUAUCCACCCGGAUGGAAUUGUUGGACACAGUACAGGAGAGUUAGUAUGUGCAUAUGCUGAUGGCUGUUGCACAGCUAAGCAGACAAUUCUUUCUGCUUAUUGGAGAGGCAUCGCUGUCGAGAGAUCAAGCCUUCCAACAGGUGCAAUGGCUGCUGUUGGUUUAACAUGGGACGAGGCCGUAAAUAAGUGUCCAGAAAAUGUGUAUCCUGCAUGUGAUAACGCUUCAGAUUCUGUCACUAUUUCUGGAUUGAAAGAACCCGUGGAGAAGUUUGUUGAGCAGUUAAAAAGUGAAAACAUUUUCGCUCGUGUCGUCGAUGCCUAUGGCUAUGCUUUCCAUUGCAAAUUGGUGUGUCCAGCAAAGACAAUUUUAUAUGCUGCCUUGGAGAAACUUAUUCCUGAUCCGAAACCCCGAACAGAGCGGUGGAUUAGUUCUAGUUUUUCAGAAGAAGAGUGGGACUUACCAGAAUGCAAGAUGGCGGGUCCGGAAUAUUUUAUUCAUAACCUCACUUCCAGUGUGCGUUUCAAAGAUGCAUUAAGCAAGAUACCUUCCGAUGCCAUCACUAUCGAAAUCGGACCACAUUUCUUACUUCAAGCUAUACUUAAAAGGGCUAUUGGCUCUAAUGCUGCUUAUAUCGGUUUGAUGAAACGAAAAGAAGAAAACAACCUGAACUUUUUCUUAGAAUCACUGGGAAAAUUUAAUCAAGUGGACCAUUCUCAUUCUUUCUCUGUACCGAAGUGGGCGCCUUCAUCUACAACUUUUAUUCAUAGAUUUGAUUUACAGAAUGCAGAUAGCUAUCUGAUGGAUCACAAGCUGGAUGGAAGAUCUUUGUUUCUGGCUACGGGUUACAUAUACUUGGCCUGGAAAGCUUUAGCGGAGAAGCAUAAAAAAUCAAUAGACGAGAUCCCAGUCGAUGAAAAUUUUAAAAUUAGAAGAGCCACAGUUUUGAAUCCAUCAAAGAUUCUGAAUUUCGAAAUUAACUUGCUGGAUAUAAGCGGCAAUUUCGAAAUCAUGGAAGGCCAAUCUCUUGUUGCUUUCGGUAAGGUAUAUGUUCCUCCAAAUCCAGAAAUAAUUGAUGUUUCACCGGAUCUUGGAGAGACAUCUCGUCUUCCAGGAGAACAAGUAUACAACGAGCUCAAACUGCGUGGAUACGACGGCCCUGAAUUCAGAGGAGUUAUGGAAAUGAAUAUUGACGGUAAUAUUUCGUAUAUCCCAUUAUUUUCUUGUUUUGCUGCUUUGCUUUGUAUGUGUGACAGUGUCGUGAGCUGGCUAGAUGAUCAAUGGCGAACUGGAGGUCUUGCAUCUUGGAAUGAAAAAUGGAUUCCUUUCUUAGAUUCACUCCUUCUUUUCUCUGGAGUAUUAACGCAGAACGAAGCAUUCUGUCUACCAACUGCUAUUUUGUCCUUUAAAAUUAAUCCAAAUUUUUUCAAAGAAAAAAUCGCUGAAAACAAAGAGAAUGAAAUCAAAGGUGUUUCUGUUACAUACGAUGCAAAUAUGAGGAGAUGCCGCUGUGCUGGAAUCGAAAUUACAGAACUCUCUGCUGAUAUGGCCACACGUCGUCUGAAUAUAAUUGAACCCAUUCUAGAACAAUAUAGAUUUAUUCCUUAUGUAAAUGUCUACACUCCUUCUGAAGAACACCGGAAACAAAUACUGCAAUAUAAAAAUUCCUGCAAUGCUGUCAUCGAUAAAUUAGGCGAAGUUUUAAGUAAAUGUAUCUUAUUCCAAAUUUCACAAGAAAAUGAUACCAUAAAUAAUAUAAACAAAGACAGUGAAAAUGAUCUUUCGGAAAUUCCUCAGGAAGAACAACAGUUAUUAACAAUUCUUCAACAAAUUUCAGAAAGUGAUAAAAUAAAUAAUCUGAUUGAAAAAAGAGCAGAAUUUAUUUCAUCAUAUUUGAAAGGUCUUGGAGAAGAUUUCUUAAACAAAAUAUUGUUGAAUCAAUGCUCGAUGAGAAUCAUGUUUGAUAUCAUUUCGGAGAAUAGUUUCAGGAGAAUAAAUCUGUUAGAAGUGAAUUUCGGAACAGCUUGUGUGUUACCUAUUAUAAUAGAACUCACCAAAGACUAUCCUGAUGUCAGAUUUAAAAGUAGUAUUGUAUCCCCAUUCCCAGUAAAAAUGGAUUCUGAUUUUAUAGAAAGUCAUCAGAUUCAAGUUUACGACAUUGGAGCCUUAGCAAAUUUCUCGAAUGAAAAGAGCCACGAUGUCGUGAUCGGUUCAUUCUUGAAAGGUUCACAACAAGAUCUUCAAGAUCUCAUCAGUUCUUUAUCUUCUGUUCUGAAACCUAAUGGAUUUAUCUUCCUUUAUCAUAAGACAGAAUUUUCAGCACCAGAAAAGUUCCUUUCCACUUUAUGCGGCCAAGAAAUCCAAACACAAUCGGAGGUAGAACUUAAUAAAAUCUUGUUAGAAAAUAACUUGGUGAUCAUAAGUAAAAUUUCGUAUUCUUUAUGUGGAUCACUGUAUUUACUUCGCCAUCCAUCAAAUGCUAAUGAACAUAAAAUUUUGACCAUCUCAGAAAACAGCAAUUUUCAGUGGGUUGAAGAACUGAAGUUACAUCUGGCUGACGAUAAUUCAGGCACAAUAUGGUUAGCAUGUGAAGAAUAUGCCACAAGCGGCACAAUCGGCAUGGUAAAUUGCUUGAAGCAUGAACCAGGUGGAGAGCGAGUCAGAUGUGUUUUCAUAGAGCAGCCAGCUAAGGGGCCACAGCUGCCCCCGUUCAGCUUAGACGAACCCUUUUACGAUCAUAUUGUAAAAAAGAACUUGCUCAUGAAUGUAUGGAAGAAUGGAUCAUGGGGAUCUUUCAGGCACUUACGAAUUCAUGGAGGAAAACCACUGGACCCUGUCGAACACAGCUUCGCCAUAUGUGCCAAAACAGGGGAUCUUUCUUCAUUUGAAUGGAGGGAAUCUCAUAUAAAAUACACUAAGCUUCGCCCAGAUCAAACGUUUCACGUGUACUACUCUGCUUUGAAUUUCCGAGAUAUCAUGAUCGCUUCUGGAAAACUUUCUACUGAAAUUGGAAAGGAUCCAGAUGGUAGAGAUGACGUUGUAGUAGGUAUCGAGUGCUCUGGAAAAGAUUCAGACGGCCGCAGAUUGGCUGGCCUUGUCCGAAACCGAGGUAUCGGAACAGCGAAUAAAGUAGAAAGUUUAAUUUCACUUGAAGUGCCAGAUAACUGGACUUUAGAAGAGGCUGCCACUAUCCCAGUGGUCUACAUGACAUGUUAUUAUGCCCUGAUAACACGUGCAAGACUUCAGCCAGGGGAAAGCAUUUUAAUUCACUCGGGAACAGGAGGUAUAGGUUUUGCCGCAAUUUGUAUUGCAUUGAGCAUGCAGUGCGAGAUAUUUACCACAGUGGGUACCGAAGAGAAAAAGGAAUAUUUGAAGAAAACGUUUCCACAAAUCAAAUAAGAAAAUAUUGGUUGCUCACGUGAUUUGUCAUUUGAGGUCAUGGUUAAGACCAGAACAGCAGGAAAAGGUGUGGAUGUUGUUUUAAACUCACUUGCGGAUGAUAAAUUUUUGGCGAGUAUCCGUUGUGUAGCAAAGCAUGGAAGAUUCGUAGAGCUUGGGAAGUAUGAUUUAUCCUUGGACCGAGAGAUUGGUUUGAAGCGCUUUUUAGACAAUAUUACAUUCCAUGGUGUGUUCAUCGAUCGUUUCUUAUACGACCUACAGAAUACAAAAUAUUUCAUAGAAUUAAAUCGAUUAAUGCAAGAAGGCAUGAAAAAUGGAGUUGUCAGACCUCUUGAUCGAACGGUAUUCGAACGAGAAGAAGUAGAGAAAGCCUUCAGAUACAUGGCUGGAGGAACGCAUAUUGGAAAAAUAUUAAUCAAAAUACGAGAUGAAGAAAAGGAAAGAUUCGUAAAGCCUAAAAUAUUAAAAUUGCCUGCCAUACCUUACACCCAAUUUUACGACACCAAAGUGUACAUCAUUAUUGGCGGCCUUGGAGGAUUUGGAAUUGAGCUCACGAAGUGGAUGAUUAAAAGAGGUGCACAAAAAAUAAUUUUGACAUCUAGAUAUGGAGCCAGAACUCCCUAUCAUUUCUUGUGCUUGAAGAGAUGGAAAGAAAAAGGUUGUUUAGUUCAAGUAUCCCAGCUGAACGUCGUCAAAAAGGACGAAGCUAAAAAAUUGCUGGAAUUGGCUUCCCAGAUCGGCCCAGUUGGCGGAAUAUUCAAUUCUGCUGUUGUUUUGAAAGAUGCUUUUAUGGAGAACCAAACGGCGCCCGACUUCCAAGACGUCAGCGCUCCAAAAGCUGAAGCAACAAAAAAUUUGGACGAACUGUCUCGGAAAUUUUGUCCGGAUUUGGAUUACUUCGUGUGCUUUUCUUCCAUCAGCUGCGGUCGUGGCAAUGCCGGACAAACAAAUUAUGGCUACGCUAAUUCAGCCAUGGAAAGAGUUUGUGAGAAAAGGUCCAGCAUGGGAUAUCAUGGUUUGGCCAUUCAGUGGGGUAUUAUUGGUGAAGUGGGUGUGGUAUACACUGGAUACUUUCUGCAAGCUCAAAUACCAGUUGUGAGCAGCUAUGUUACAACAGGCUCAUCCCAAAUCAAAGCACAAGGAGAUGUCUUGUCACAGAUUGCUAAAAUGUUGGGAAUGAAGGACUUAUCAGAAUUAAACAACUUCCGAAGCUUUGGUGAGAUGGGUAUUGAUUCUUUGAUCGGAAUUGAAAUAAAAAACUUGCUAGAAUCCGCUUGUGAUGUCACACUAACAAUGCAAGAAAUUCGAGAGAUGAAAUUUGAUGAUGUCAAACUUCUCCUGGAAAAUGCAGAAAAGGCGAAGGAAAGUUCUGGCAAUAAAUCGACAACUCUAGUGACCACUGCUCAAGUAAACCUUCCAGCACUCACUGUCCAUACCGAACCUGUUAUUCCUCUCAACCAUGCAGCUACAGGAAAGCCAGUUUUUAUAGUCACAGUAGGAAACGGAGAUUUGGAGCAAAUGCAUGCAUUAGGAAAGAGCAUUAAUAAUCCCGCAUUUGCCCUGGUUUGGACGAAGGACAUUCCAUCUGCGGACAUGGAAGCUCUUUGCACGUGGUAUUUAAAUAAAAUCAAAGAACUAAAAAAUGAGCCUCUUCACCUGGUGGGAUUUUCAACAGGUGGAAGCAUAGCAUUUGAAAUGGCGCUUCAGAGUGAAAACGCAGGUGUAGACGUAAAGAAUCUGACUCUCCUGGAUGGUUCAUCAGAUCUCCGAAAUAAUCUUAGCAACGAAAACCAAAAAGGAAUUUCAGAAGUUGACAUUUUAUGUAAAUUUGUAGAGCAAAUUUCUCCUGCUGGAAUCCUUAAACUUAGAGAAGAUUUAGAAAAUGCAGAACAUUUUGAUCAGUGCGUCAAAAUCGUUUCUAAUCAUCUAACAACAAUUUCUACUCAUCCCGUAAAAGCAAGUGAUUUGGCAGAUGUGAUUGAAGCUCAUGUAGCAAAAACAAAACUCAACCAAUCUUAUGUUCCUCAGCAGAAACUGAAGCAAGAUCUGCAUUUAAUUGAAGAUUCUAAUCGCAUACUGUCCAACGAUAUUAAAGAAGUAAAAGCUCUCUUUUCCGAGGUAUGCAGUGGCAAGAUUUUCAUUUACAGAACGUAUGGCUGUGAUGAUUUAUCAAAUGAAGAAAAUAUUCCAAAAGUUGUAAAUGUUUUUGAUGCAAUACUUAAAUGAAUGAUAUACUUAUAAAUAAAACAGAUAUUGAGAAUAAAAGAAUUUUUGGAGAAUUUAACUUUUAUUCCUUUUUAUUCAUUUGUCUCGAUACAACAUGCAUUUAGUCUUAUAAUUACAUCCAUCAUAUAUAUAUAAAAAUUAAACAUAAAACUCUUUCUACUACAGUCAUAAUUAAAACAUAUUCCUCCUCAAAAAUUGUAAAGGAACAGAUAUAAAAACUUUAUUUUGUUUUCCUAUCUGAUUGUAAUUUACAUUCAUUUUCAUACAUAUAUAUGUAUGUAGCUAAAAAUGCAAUAACGCUUUAAGGAAAAUGUUUGAGGUGUUAAUAGAUUAAAUGUCAAAAACUUAUACGCCAACUGUUGAGGAAAAUUCAAUAAAUCAGUUUUUUCAAAAAAAAAGUGUUCAACAUCUUUUUGCAUAUAAAUUCAAAUUGAAAAAUAUUUUUAACAAAAGAAUUUCUUUGUUCAAUUGUUAGAUUACGAUUCAAAAGUAAUGAAACCGUAUGCAACUCAUGUGCUUUUAGUAUUUUGAAACACAAAUUACAUAUAUGAAGAUGAUUUUGGCAUACCAUAUGCAACAAAAUUAUAAAUUAAUAAAUAAUAUAUAAAAGUUAAUCACUAAGAAACACUAGUGAAUGAUACGAAAACAAUCAUAUCUCGAAUUAUCCUAAAUGACUUUUUUUUUCUCUCAGGAAAGGCUAUAAAAUUUUAUUUUGGGUACUCAAAAAAUCUGCAAAAAUCAAAAACUUUGAUUAAAUACUUUUCCAAAAUUGACCAUUAUUCUUAAAUAAUAGUAAAUUUUUGUUGUAGAUGUCAAACAUUUUGUGUUUUGCCUUUUUAGAAUGAAUUUUUACUAUGCAUAACUUCAGGAAUCGCAGGGCCAUACAAAAAUUAAGAUAAAAAAAAUAGAUUUCGUAAAAAUUAGUUUACUUUCAAAAGUACCAAAACAUGAGUAUUCGCUUCAGUUAAACCAUUCUUUUUUUAGAUGUAAAUAUACGUCUAGGAUCAACAGUUGUGAAAAUAAGGGCCGCUUAACAUUUAAAGGCAUAGUGUACGUUACACUUCAUCUGGGUGGAAUUUGCUAAUUGCAACUAUAUUUUUGAAAGUAUAAAUUAUUAUCUGCUAUUAACAGCUUUGUUUUCAUGCAAAAUGGUGCUUUUAAAGAAGCAAUGGAUAGAAGGCUACGUUUGUGCUCUUUCCAAAGAAAAUUAUUUGUAGUUGUUAAAAACGCUGUGAAAGCCAUGAUUUUUCGAUAUCUAAAGGUACGAUAGGUAAUAUUGUUAACAAGAAAGGGAAAAAACAUCAAAGCUUGGCUUUCAAGUGAUAAAUUUGUUCCAAAUACAUAUAUCCAAAGUAAAUAAGAAAUGUUUCGAAUGUUUCAAUGGUAAGAUCAGACGUUAAAAGAAAAUCCACCAAGUCAAAGGACAGUUACAAAAUCAUUAAAAUGCUCAGUGUCAACUGUAGAAAAAGUUAUUAAUGCUGAUUUGAAACUUAAAAAUGCAAAAAACAACCUGCAUAGUCUUUCUCCAUGACAUAUCGCCGAACGCACUACGGAAUUCUUUAUGAUGAACAUUUAGCUGGAUAAAAUUAGAAAAAUGUCACAAUAGAUGAAUUUCGGUGUAUUUAACUGACUGCAAUAGAGAGAUCUAUUUAUUAUCAUCAAAGAGGAGGGAAAAAAAGUCUUAAAACGCUUUAGUGCACACCGUGAAAUUCAAGGCAGCCCAGCAAGCAACUUAGAGAGAACACCACCCAAUCAGUUCAGGAGUGACUGCUUGUAUAGGCAGAUCAGUGCCAUAAGGCGGAGUAGGAGUGAUAAGAAACCGACUCAAAAAUGCUGGAACUGCAGUGAUGAAGACCACGUAUGAAAGAAAUGCAGAACAUCUUAAAAGUAAAACCAGAUAGGUAUACAAUGAAAUUUUUUCUAUAAUUAAUGACGAUUUAUGCUAAAAUUAUGUAGCAUCAUUUUAGUCAUCAAUGUCACAAAACGUUCUCUUGACAUGAUUGAUUAGUUUACUUAGUCAUUCAAUUAAUUUCAGACUGCAUUAUUCUUACAUGAUAUACUGAAAUAAAGACUUGCUUUGAACAUGUACUACAAAGGAUAAAAUUAUGACACUAUUUUGGUUUAAAAAAUAGUAAAUGACUGAUUUUGGAAUUUACUGAUAAAAUGUUACCUCUUCGAUAACUAACCCUAUAUUAUUUGCCCUAUAUUUGGACCUCAGAAAACAGAUCGGCACAGCUACAGAAUGCAUUUUCUCUUAUGGUAACCUUUCCGAACUUUUCUUUCUAUUUAAAUAACUAUACCAUAAUAAAAAAUUGCCAUCAAAUUCUCCUACGAUCAGAGGGAAAGGGACAGAAUAAAUAUUAACUCUUUCAUAUAUGCCAAUAUAUUAUCAUGUGCUCAUUCAUUUUUUUGUUAUGCCUCAUUAUUACUGCACUCUUAUCUUACACACAUAAUCCCUUUCUUCCUGUAACAAGCAAAGUGUUGACUACUUUAUUUCAAAAAUUUCCAUUAAUUUCAUACAUUUAUCACAUAAGAGCAAGUUCUCAAAGUAUGUAUUUUUUAUUGCUAUCACAAUUGCACAGUAAUAUUAAAUGAAAGGGAAAGUCAUUUGAAUGCUGUGACAGCUUUCAUAAAUUAAACAACUAAUAGUGUAAAUGUCCUUACCAGAAAUUUAAAGUGCUACUCCAGUAAUUACCACUAAUGAUAAAGGUAAAAUAGCCUUACAGUUAUUAAAGUAUAUAUGACAGAAAUUUUUCAAAUGCAGAAAUUUCAACUCCUCUUAGUAGAUUAGAACUAAAUCUGAAAUAUUUCAAUGUAAACACAAAGAUUUAUUUCAUCCACUCAAAGUUCUAUUUCAGAAACAGAUUUAUAGAAGUCUUUAUUCAUAUACCAAAAUAGCCUUAAUUUCAAACCUUCCACCCCCCUAGAAUAUAUGCUUAAAGAAUACUGCCAAGCCAAUGCAUUUUAGAAAUUUUACUUUAUUACAUAAAUACUUAUUUCACAUAUAAAAAACUUUCUAUAAUAAUCAAUACUGUAGUUACACACAUUAUUACUGCUGAGGAGUAAACUCUUUUACCAAACACUUAAUCACUGAAUACUGACAGUUAUCUGGAAUCUAAUCUUGGCAAACAAACUGCCAGCACAUUUUCUCCAUACGUUCCAUAAAAGGCUUAUCCAGAAGGCAUACCAUACGUUUCAUAAAAGGCUUAACCAGAAGAAACUUCACAUGAAAUCAAAUACAUUUUUUUUAAAUUUUGGAGAACAGACAACCACAAAGAAAACAAAGUCCAAAAAAUUGAAGGUGGAGACCAAAGAGAAACAACAGAAACUUAGAGAAUUUAUAAACAAACUUAAAACACAAAAUUUCCAUUUAACAUAUAAUCUAAAAAGGUACUUGAAAAUUUUAUAAAAUUAUGAUGAUGAAAAUAGUCAGGUACCUGUAAUUUAUAAGGAACUAUCUGCCUAGAAGAAAUGCUUUUAUGGGAAAAAUCUGUAAGAGAAUUUGGAUUAUGGUACUGUAAGAAUAACUUUAAAAGCCUCACGGUAGUUUGUUUGCCAACUCAGUAAGAGCUACUAGCAUCAGCAGUCAUCCAUAAAGUAGAUCUCAAAUGUGAUUAGCUGCAGAGGUAGCAAUCAAACUAGUGUAUAAUAAGUGUUAAUGGUGGAAUAUAGUACAUCGCUUGAAAUAUUUUUAAAAUUUGGUUUGAUUCUAGUAAUAAAAUUUCUAGAUUUGCAUGUUUAUGAUUUGGAAAAUUUUUUUAAAGUCUCAUUAAAACAACCAUCUGAAACCACUAUUUCACUACUAUCGGUUAUAAAUCAGUUAAAAGAAUGAUAGUCAAAUACAAUAAAUUACAAUUUAUUUAGAAUAAAACAUAAUUUUCAUUUCGUACCUAGAAUUUAGAUUAUGAUCUUCAUUUACUUUAUUGCUUAUAUAAUAAAAUUUCUCAUCUUCAUAUGUAUUAAGUAUUUGAUAUAAAAAAUGCUAAAAUAUUCAAGCUGUAUUCACUGUGAUAUUUCCAGAAUGAAAACAUUUCAGUAAGAUGCUAAGCUAAUACACAGUUGAUUGUUUUCCAUUUCUUUCUUUCUACUUGCCCCUCAAUCUUCAAAACUGUUUAUCUGUCUAUCAAGAAAUUUAUAAAGAUUUGGGAAGCAAGAGCAAACAAUCUCUAAUGACAGAUUUUUUAAAACAUUAAAUCUACUGGAAGUGCAGUGGACCCUGUCAAUGAAACAAGUUCAGAUCUUGAAAUAAGGCAAAUAAAAUGUUCUUGAACAACUACAAUAAGUGACGAUGAGGAAAAAUUUAUGAGCAUAACAUUUUGAUUUUCACAUGAAAUUAUAAUCUCUUUAGUUUUUAUAUGAUGUUGAAUUUUAUUUAAGUUUUUUAUGAAAUGGUUUUAAGUACGCGAAUUAAAAAAUGAUGAAAAUGUUACCCUAUGAAAAGGCAGUUUUACUCUUUUUAGAACUGAAUCCCAGUUUUUAAGUUGGUGCCUCUUGUAAUGCGAUUUCCCACAACACUGUAUGUUCAAAGAACGUUAUCUACCACGCUCUAGGAGGACUACUUAUAUAUGAUUGUU